GCCGUCCUAUUUUUGGUAACAAUUAAAGGGCCUCCCGGUGAAAGCAGAAAGCUGUUUAUUUUCUGUGACAUCACUUCACUUUGCCUUCGAAGGCUGGUCUGUGCUCAGUGUUUUCGUGGUGAUGCAAGUCGGCUCUCUCCUCCAGCAGUUGGAUCCCUCCCAUCUCACAGUACCUCACAGGUCUCUUCCCCCGAGCAGUGCAUUGCUGGAGCGAGGAGAAGCUCACGAAUCAGCUGCAGGUCUCUGUUUUGAAAAAGCAGAGAUACAGAGGCAGAGGAAAAGGGUGGACUCCUAUGUGACCUGUUCUUAGAGCAAGACAAUCACCAUCUGAAUUCCAGAAGCCCUGUUCAUGGUUGGGGAUAUUUUCUCGACUGCAUGGAAUCAGAAAGAAGCAAAAGGAUGGGAAAUGCCUGCAUUCCCCUGAAAAGAAUUGCUUAUUUCCUAUGUCUCUUAUCUGCGCUUUUGCUGACUGAGGGGAAGAAACCAGCGAAGCCAAAAUGCCCUGCCGUGUGUACUUGUACCAAAGAUAAUGCUUUAUGUGAGAAUGCCAGAUCCAUUCCACGCACCGUUCCUCCUGAUGUUAUCUCAUUAUCCUUUGUGAGAUCUGGUUUUACUGAAAUCUCAGAAGGGAGUUUUUUAUUCACACCAUCGCUGCAGCUCUUGUUAUUCACAUCGAACUCCUUUGAUGUGAUCAGUGAUGAUGCUUUUAUUGGUCUUCCACAUCUAGAGUAUUUAUUCAUAGAAAACAACAACAUCAAGUCAAUUUCAAGACAUACUUUCCGGGGACUAAAGUCAUUAAUUCACUUGAGCCUUGCAAACAACAAUCUCCAGACACUCCCAAAAGAUAUUUUCAAAGGCCUGGAUUCUUUAACAAAUGUGGACCUGAGGGGUAAUUCAUUUAAUUGUGACUGUAAACUGAAAUGGCUAGUGGAAUGGCUUGGCCACACCAAUGCAACUGUUGAAGACAUCUACUGCGAAGGCCCCCCAGAAUACAAGAAGCGCAAAAUCAAUAGUCUCUCCUCGAAGGAUUUCGAUUGCAUCAUUACAGAAUUUGCAAAGUCUCAAGACCUGCCUUAUCAAUCAUUGUCCAUAGACACUUUUUCUUAUUUGAAUGAUGAGUAUGUAGUCAUCGCUCAGCCUUUUACUGGAAAAUGCAUUUUCCUUGAAUGGGACCAUGUGGAAAAGACCUUCCGGAAUUAUGACAACAUUACAGGCACAUCCACUGUAGUAUGCAAGCCUAUAGUCAUUGAAACUCAGCUCUAUGUUAUUGUGGCCCAGCUGUUUGGUGGUUCUCACAUCUAUAAGCGAGACAGUUUUGCAAAUAAAUUCAUAAAAAUCCAGGAUAUUGAAAUUCUCAAAAUCCGAAAACCCAAUGACAUUGAAACAUUCAAGAUUGAAAACAACUGGUACUUUGUUGUUGCUGACAGUUCAAAAGCUGGUUUUACUACCAUUUACAAAUGGAACGGAAACGGAUUCUACUCCCAUCAAUCCUUACACGCGUGGUACAGGGACACUGAUGUGGAAUAUCUAGAAAUAGUCAGAACACCUCAGACACUCAGAACGCCUCAUUUAAUUCUGUCUAGUAGUUCCCAGCGUCCUGUAAUUUAUCAGUGGAACAAAGCAACACAAUUAUUCACUAACCAAACUGACAUUCCUAACAUGGAGGAUGUGUACGCAGUGAAGCACUUCUCAGUGAAAGGGGACGUGUACAUUUGCUUGACAAGAUUCAUUGGUGAUUCCAAAGUCAUGAAAUGGGGAGGCUCCUCGUUCCAGGAUAUUCAGAGGAUGCCAUCGCGAGGAUCCAUGGUGUUCCAGCCUCUUCAAAUAAAUAAUUACCAAUAUGCAAUUCUUGGAAGUGAUUACUCCUUUACUCAAGUGUAUAACUGGGAUGCAGAGAAAGCCAAAUUUGUGAAAUUUCAGGAAUUAAAUGUUCAGGCACCAAGAUCAUUCACACAUGUGUCCAUUAAUAAGCGUAAUUUUCUUUUUGCUUCCAGUUUUAAGGGAAAUACACAGAUUUACAAACAUGUCAUAGUUGACUUAAGCGCAUGAGACACCAAAUUCUGUGGCUGCCAUCAGAAAUUUUCUACAGUACAUGACCCGGAUGAACUCAAUGCAUGAUGACUCUUCUUAUCACACUUGCAAAUGAAUGCCUUUCAAACAUUGAGACUGCUAGAACCAAGCACUACCAGUAUCUCCAUCCUUAACUGUCCAGUCCAGUGAUGUGGGAAGUUACCUUUUAUAAGACAAAAUUUAAUUGUGUAACUGUUCUUUGCAGUGAAGAUGUGUAAAUAAGCGUUUAAUGGUAUCUGUUACUCCAAAAAGAAAUAUUAAUAUGUACUUUUCCAUUUAUUUAUUCAUGUGUUCAGAAACAACUGCCAAAUAAAAUGUUUACAUUUUCUUUCAUA